AUGAAACACCUACAGUACGCUGUCUUUGUGAUAUUCUGCGUGGAGCUGGCUCCGGAGCUAGUGGUGGACGGAUACGGCGUCGUUGGCGCUGUGGAGCUUCCCGGAAUGGUUGAGGUUGACGCUGAAAUGCCAGCACUGUUUGAAAAUUCAGAAUUUCUACCUGUAUCUGAUUCAGUGGGUUGGGUGCUUGGCCGUGGUGCAGUGGUGGAAGCAGAUUGUGCUGCGCUCGUUGGCUCUGGUGUGAAAGUGAUGCUCUGCGGAGUUGAAGAAAGCGGACUUGAGCUUGGCCAUGUGGACGAGUUCGAGCUUGUUACGGUAGGAGUUGAUCCAGAAGAAGGUUGGGUCCCAAGUGAAGCUGACGAGGCCGUUGCGGGACUGCUAUUUGGCGGUUCUGAAGUUGACGUGCUUGACGUUGUGCCGGCCUUGGACGACGGAGCGCCGCUUGAAGGGCCAGGUGACGUGGAGGCUGAACUGCCCGACGUCGUGAGGAUAGUGCUAGAACCGACGACAGGAGAAUUCGUUGGGCUUGAUGUGGAAGGGUGGCGAUCCGUGGGCAUAGGACUAAAAGACGCUGGAGACAUGCUGGAAGCGCCAAUCGACGUGGAUAUUGCUGUGCCAGAAGUUGGUGCAACGGUGCUAAAUGAACUCGUAGGCGGAGUCGUCUCGCCUGGUGUUGUGGACUGGGUGGUUGUUCCAGGCGUGGUCAUCGUCCUAGCCGAGCUCGAGGCAAUGCUUGGGGUCGUGGAGCUCGGUCGUGUCCAACCUGCUGUUGUCGGGCUCUCGGAUCGUUGCGUAGUCGAACUGCUCUUAGCAGGGGCAACUGUGGAUGUAACUCGCGGU